AUGCGGCACGCCGCCGUGCGCGCGGGGUCUCAUGGCAACCUGGUGUCCGCGUUCAGCCCUGUGUUUGACCUGGAGCUCCUCGAGAUGGACGCUGCCCUCGCUGGCGGCGAUGGCGCCGCGGGCUUCGACCGCCGCUGGUCACAGCUCACGCUUGGGCCGGGCGAGGGCGGCGCCACGGUCUCCACCGUAGUGCAGCGGAUGCACGCGCUGCUGCGGGACGGGUCGCUGUUUACUUGCCAGCUGUGGCAAGACCUCCACCACCUGCGCGCCGCCUACAUUACAGCGGCCCCCGCCUCGCCUGACCUCGCCGCCGACCCACCCUCCCCCGGCCUCUCCUUGGGCCCCGCCGCGGCCGCCGCGCCGAGCCUCGCGGUGGCCGGCGCCGCCCGUCCGGGCAGCAGCGGCAGCGGCGGCGGCGGGGACUCGUCGCGCGGCAGCGUGGACGCGGGCGGGCGCGUCGACGUGGGCGCGAUCGCGCGGGAUCUGCUGGCGGCGGGCUACCUAGUUCAGCUGCGCGAUGAGGCGGCGGGAGAGCGCCGCAAGGACGCGCGCCAGUGCCUGCAGCAGCUGCGCCACCGGUUCAUCGUCUGCAUGGGCGCGCGCGGGGCUGCGGUGGAGCGCGGCGGCGGCGGCGGCGGCUGGCCGGGCGGCGGCGGCGGGGGUGGGGCUGGCGGCGCGCAUGUGACAGACGCAGUGGGCGACACCCACUACCUCCCAGAGCCCCUGGUUGUGGAGCCGCGCUUCAGGGAGCAGUUUGUGAUCGCGCAGCCGACGCCCGCCUACGCGGCGCUCCUGGAGGCCGUGCCGGCCUGCUUCGUGGGCACCGUCUCGCGGCUGGAGGCGGUUGCCACGCUGCUGUGCGAGGCGAUGGCGGCGGCGUUCAAGCAGCAGGGGCUGCCCGUUCCGCCGUGGCGCAGCCGGCAGGCGACGCUGUCGAAGUGGGCGCCGCAGCAGCUGACGGCGCUCGCGGACAAGAUCGCGCACGUGCGGCGCGUCUCGCUGCCAGGCCCCGCCGCGCCCGGCGCCGCCGCGGCCGCUUACACGCAGCCGCCGCCGCAGCAGCCGCAGCUACAGCAGCCGCAGCAGCUGGUACAGCCACAGCAGCCGCCCCUGCCGCCUCGCGUCGCGAGCAGCGGUGCGCUUGCGCAGGUGGCCGCAGCCGUGGCGGCCGCAUUCGGCGGUGGUGGCCCAGCAGGCGGCGGCAGCGGCGGGCUGGGGCACUCGAACUCGGUUUUGAAGUUCACGCGGAAAGCGAGUGCCGAGUGGAAGGAGCGGCGGCCCACGGGCAAGAAGGUGAAGUCUUUACUGGCCGCUGCCCUCAGAAAGUCGGGCAGCCGUGGCAACCUGCUCGGCGGCGCCGCAGCCGCAGCCGCAGCCGCAGCUGGGGGCGCGCCGGCGGCCGCAGGAGCGCCUGGGGGCGCCAGCAGCAGCGGCGGGGCCAGGAACGGCCCGGGGCCGAUGCCGCGCGCGGCGAUACGGACGGUCGCAAAUGAGCCCGGUUGCGGGCGCAUCACCACUGUCCGCUGGGGCGCUUUGCUCGAGGUGCCGCCGCCGCAGCAACAGCAGCAGCAGUAG